UUAACUUUUGCAGGCAAUUGAAGAGUACAAGAAAGCUCUUUCACUUGGAAAUCAAGGCUUCAAGAACAUAGUGGAGUCUGUAAGAUGGGAAUUAUCUACCACAUAUUUUAAUAUGGCUUCUUUACUGCAAGAUUAUGCACCUUUAUCAUCUGUAAAUAAAGAGGAGGUUGAGAAUGAGGUGACAAAUUUAAUGGACAAUUCCAUGAAAUACUGCAGGGAAGAUUCUUCAUAUGCCAGUCAACCAAUGUACCAGUUUAGGAUGGCGUCCAUAAAUCACAGGCUAGCUUCAUUGUUCCAUAGCACAGUGAGAGGGGAUUGUUCUGAACAGAAGAAGAGACAUUUAAGACAGUUGUCAGAGAAACAUUAUCAACGAGCUUUGAAAUUAUACCUUCAAAUGGAGUGUCACAUGGAGUAUUUAAGAGCACAGUUAGAGUAUAUAGCCCUUCUCGAACGUAGUCUUACAGGCCAGAGCAGUUCUAGAAAUUUGAAAGUUCUUCAUCAAAUGUUACAGAGUUUGGCAGAUUGUCAGGAACCCUUGAAAGGUUUGUCAAGUCAGCUUAAGGAUACUGAUGGUCCAACAAAUCACCAAAAUGAAGGGGAGACAAUUGUGAAUAUUAUUGAAGAACGUUUGCAGUUUAUUCUUCAACAACUUGUGAAAAUAAACACACACUUGCAUUCUAAAAAGAGUGCAAGCAGACAGAAUUCCACAAUGUUAGCAGAGUUGAAAGUUUUGUAUGCCAACAGUUUAUCUAUUGAUACGUCAGACAAAGUGUUGAAUAAGCUACAGAGUAAAUGUGCCUUUCUGGAGACAUUUCUACAACAGGUCUCUAAUUUUUGCCAUAAAAUAGGCUCUAACCAAGAAUCCGAAGUGACCUGAUCUUGAAUAAUUAUUAUUAUCACAGCAUUGACACAGAAAAAUUAGGAAAAAAAUAACCAGUUCUUAUUUCACUGCCUGUGCAUUUGAUGCCAUUUAAAUGUAUGUACUCGUAUAUUUAAAAAGCAACAAUGUAUUUAUAUCUUGAAGUUUGUUUGUCUUUUGAAGUACAGAUAGUAUAAAGAUGUUAAAAAUAUCUCGUAAAUCUCUUAGUUAAUUAUAAAGACAUUUUUACUCUUAGUUAAUUAUAAAGACAUUUUUAAACGAUAAUAGUAACAUAUUACUAUUUCAUUAUAAGGUUUAGAGACAUGUAUUUCAGAAUUGUGAAAAGGUCAAUGUUGUAGUCUUGAUGGUAUAAACAAUGGUUACUUUAUGUAUGCAUGUUUUAUUGCUAUAAUUAUUGCCAUAAUAGUAAUAAAUUCAACAAAUAUAAACCCGAGAGCAAAAAUUUCACUUUAACCUAAUAAUAACACAUUGUUCAAUACAUUUGAGCCGCGUCACGACAAAACCAACGUAGUGCGUUUGCGACCAGCAUCAGACUUUGACCUUGGUGAAAACAUCUACCAAAUAUUUUAAUAAUACAUCAAAAAAAAAAAAAAAAUAAACCAAGGAGGGUAUUUGAAGACCACUAUUUGACCUUUGAUCUUUAAGCCCAACAUUAAGUGACCUUGGGUUACAGACAGGUCUUGCUCAUGACACGCCAUCUGAUGGAGAUGAAGACAUAUGCCAACUAAUUUGACAAACCAUCAAGUAAUGAAAGUUAGAAGACAGUAUUUUGACCUUUGACCUCCAGUAAUGACUUAGUCUUGAAAAAUGCCAAACCUGCACUUUUUAUAAGUAACAUUUCUGCCAACUGCUAGUAGUUUCAAUUGCCUAGAUUUGAUACAGAGCAGACACAAAAUGUUAAAAUUCAUACAUCAUGACUUAGUAUGACCUUGGCCUUGACAUGGGGAAUGUCACAUCUGCGCUCUGCACUUCGUCUCAUGGUUUACCUUUCUAUCAAGUAUUUUAAAUUUCUUUCCAUCAUUUAAGAGAUACAGAGCAAACACAAAAUUGCUAAUAGAUGGAUGGACAGAAAAAUGAACAGGUGCAUAACAAUUUAGGCCGAUUUUUUCAGAACGUACAUGUAUAAACCAAGUUUAUAACAAUAACAGACAAAGUUUCUGAUGUUUAUUCUUAUUUUAUUGAAAAGCUCCUUGUUUAUUGUAUCAUUUGAUCCCGGUUGACUUAAUAACCCUUAUCAAAACCUUUCAUUCAGUACAAAGUAAAUGCAUUCAGUUCAAUUUAUUAUGCCCCCACUUCGAAGAAGAGGGGGUAUAUUGCUUUGCACUUGUCAGUCCGUAGACCAAAUGGUUUCCGAGUGAUAACUAAAGAACCCUUAGGCCUAGGAACUUCAAACUUGACUAGACCUGACCAGAAGAUACUAGAUAACCCUUAUUAAUUGUUUGUUCAAUGGGUCAGAAGUCAUGCAUAAUAACCUGAUCGCAUGACUAAUUGGCUGCUGAUAGGGAGCAUACAUGUUUUACAAACAUAUCUUGUUGUUAAGAUAGAGAAAAUGCUUAUAUGAUUAUUUGAAAAGCAUGUAUAAAUACAUAAAGCAUAAUUGUUCUUUCUCUGUGAUAAAAUUUUUGACGGAAAAAUCCGUACAUGGGUAUUGUAUUCAGCUAUAUGUAUGUAUAGUUAUAUGUUUUACAUGUUUUUAAAAAUAUAAUUGUUAAAGUCUUCUUUAAUAAAUGUUUUGAUACUCA